GGAGCGCGCAGUACCACCGCGGCGCGCAUGCACAGCUGUCAUCAGCACCAAGGACAGCAGCCGCUCAGCCCGGAGCGAGCAGCCGCAUCGGGGUGAUCAGUUCGCACGGAGCAGCGGCAGAAAGGAGCGAUACACAGCCCGGAGAGGAAGCCGUCUGUCUGGAGGCUUGGACAAUGGUUUAACUCUUUCUACAAAAAAAAAAACAACCCUUAGGAGGUUUGAGCAGUUCUUCAGAGGAGACAAAAAAAAGGGGAUGGACAAUGCGGUUUGGAUGUCCCUGGUUGACAGCCUGCUCCUAAUAUGAGCAUGCACAUUCCUCCGCAUUGCACAUAAAUCCACCUCCUUUUUUUUUUUUUUUGUCGUCUCCUUCCUUUUUUGGCCUCCCUCCCUGCCCGGCUCACACCGCCCACCUGGAUCGUGUCUGCAGUAACUGGCUACGCCGUGCUGCCGUCCAGAAGCCGUUCGAGCCGACCCGCCACCGGGGAGAAAAGCGACCGGGCUGUGCUGUGCUGUUUGGUGGUCCACACGAUGCGUCUGUUUCUGCUGGCGGUGCUCUUCUCGUGCUCCUGCGCGCGGGCCGGCUGCGAGCCGAAGAUCGUGAACAUCGGGGCUGUGCUGAGCCAGAAGAGAUACGAGCAGGUCUUUAAAGAUGCCGUGACCCAGGCCAACCAGGUCUACGGCAGGGACAAAUUCAAGCUGACCGCUAUCUCCGUGACGCACAAACCCAACGCCAUCCAGAUGGCUCUCUCCGUCUGCGAGGACCUCAUCUCCAGUCAGGUCUAUGCUAUCCUGGUGAGUCACCCUCCCCAGUCCAAUGACCACCUGACUCCGACGCCUGUCUCAUACACUGCAGGCUUUUACCGCAUCCCCGUUGUGGGCCUCACCACCCGCAUGUCCAUCUACUCAGACAAGAGUAUCCACCUGUCCUUUCUGCGGACAGUCCCUCCCUACUCCCACCAGGCGCAUGUGUGGUUCGACCUGAUGCGGGAGUUCAACUGGAACCACAUCAUCUUGAUAGUGAGUGACGACCACGAGGGGCGGGCCGCUCAAAAGAGGCUCGAGACCCUCUUGGAGGAGAGAGAAACAAAGAAUAAAAAAAGGAACUAUGAAAACCUCGACCAACUGUCCUAUGACAACAAGCGAGGACCUAAGGCAGAGAAAGUCCUCCAGUUCAGCCAGGAGACUAACUUAACUGCCCUGCUGCUGGAGGCCAAAGAGCUGGAGGCCCGAGUCAUCAUCCUGUCCGCCAGUGAGGAAGACGCUGCUGCAGUGUACAAGGCUGCCCGCUUCCUCAACAUGACGAGCUCGGGGUACGUGUGGCUGGUGGGCGAGCGGGAGAUGUCGGGUAAAGCCCUGAACGAGGCGCCAGACGGUCUGAUCAGCCUCCAGCUUAUCAACGGGAAGAAUGAGUCAGCCCAUAUCAAUGAUGCGGUGGCUGUGGUGGCGCAGUCCAUCCAGGAGCUCUUUGAGAAGGAGAAUAUCACAGAACCUCCGAGAGGAUGUGUGGGCAACACCAACAUCUGGAAAACAGGGCCACUCUUUAAACGGGUGCUGAUGUCAUCCAAAUACCCAGAGGGCCUCACAGGACGCGUGGAGUUCAAUGACGACGGAGACAGGAAGUACGCCCAUUACAGUAUACUCAACUACCAGAAGGGUCGACUCAUUCAAGUCGGCAUAUACAAUGGGACACAGGUGGUGAUGAACAAUCAGCGGAAGAUCAUCUGGCCCGGAGGAGAGACUGAGAAACCACAGGGCUUCCAGAUGUCCACUCGAUUAAAGAUAGUGACGAUACACCAGGAGCCAUUUGUAUAUGUGAAACCCACUCAACCGGAUGGAACAUGCAAGGAGGAAAUCACAUUAAAUGGAGUCUUAAUUAAAAAGGUUAUCUGCACUGGGCCCAAUGAGACCAUCCCAGGACGCCCAAUUGUGCCCCAAUGUUGUUAUGGAUUCUGUAUCGAUCUCCUCAUCAAGUUGGCCAUGACCAUGAACUUCACCUACGAGGUGCAUCUGGUGGCUGAUGGAAAAUUUGGAACUCAGGAGCGGGUAAACAACAGUAACAAGAAAGAGUGGAAUGGCAUGAUGGGAGAGCUCCUGGGGGGCCUGGCUGACAUGAUUGUAGCCCCGCUGACUAUAAACAACGAACGAGCGCAGUACAUCGAAUUCUCCAAACCCUUUAAAUAUCAAGGUCUCACCAUCCUCGUUAAAAAGGAAAUCCCUCGCAGUACAUUGGACUCGUUCAUGCAGCCGUUCCAAAGCACGCUGUGGCUGCUGGUGGGUCUUUCGGUGCAUGUGGUGGCGGUGAUGCUUUACCUACUAGACCGGUUCAGCCCGUUUGGAAGAUUUAAAGUAAACAGUGAAGAAGAAGAAGAAGAUGCCCUCACCUUAUCAUCUGCUAUGUGGUUCUCCUGGGGAGUGUUGCUGAAUUCUGGAAUCGGUGAAGGUGCCCCGCGCAGCUUCUCAGCGAGAAUCCUGGGUAUGGUGUGGGCCGGAUUUGCCAUGAUCAUUGUGGCUUCUUAUACUGCCAACCUGGCUGCCUUCCUGGUGUUGGACCGGCCUGAGGAGCGCAUCACCGGCAUCAAUGACCCAAGACUGAGAAACCCAUCGGACAAGUUCAUCUACGCCACGGUGAAGCAGAGCUCCGUGGACAUCUACUUCCGGCGGCAGGUGGAGCUUAGCACCAUGUACCGCCACAUGGAGAAGCACAACUAUGAGAGUGCCGCCGAGGCUAUCCAGGCCGUGCGUGACAACAAGCUGCAUGCUUUCAUCUGGGACUCUGCGGUGCUGGAGUUUGAAGCCUCGCAGAAGUGCGACCUUGUGACCACGGGAGAGCUGUUUUUCCGUUCGGGCUUUGGCAUAGGCAUGCGCAAGGACAGCCCCUGGAAACAGAAUGUGUCCCUGGCCAUUCUCAGUUCUCAUGAGAACGGCUUCAUGGAAGACCUAGAUAAAACCUGGGUGAGAUACCAGGAGUGUGACUCAAGGAGCAAUGCCCCAGCCACACUCACCUUUGAAAACAUGGCAGGAGUCUUCAUGUUGGUGGCAGGAGGAAUAGCGGCAGGGAUCUUCCUAAUCUUCAUUGAAAUCGCAUAUAAGCGCCAUAAAGACGCCCGCAGGAAGCAGAUGCAGCUGGCCUUUGCGGCCGUCAAUGUUUGGAGGAAGAACCUGCAGGACAGUAAGGAGGCCUCUGGAAGUCAAGCGGUGGCCGGGACCCCCUCAUUACCCUCUUCCUCUCUAGAGACUCAGGAUGAUAGGAAAAGUGGUAGAGCAGAGCCCGACCCCCAAAAGAAAGCCUCUUUUAGGUCCAUCAGUACCACCCUGGCCUCCAGCAUCAAGAGACGUAGGUCCUCCAAAGACACGCAGUACCCACCCACUGACAUCACGGGCCAGCUCAAUUUGUCUGACCCGUCUGUCAGUACUGUGGUGUAAAGAGGGAGACACCGUUCACUCCCCGAGGAGAGAGGAAACGAGACGAGGAAAAGAGGAGAGGAGGAGGAAGUGGAGGGGAGAGGGAGAGGGAGGGAGAACCCGUCUCCUCGUUCCCUCCACCGCCGAAGCCGAAGCGUUCAUUUCACCGCCCGCAGAUGGAGCUUUUGAGGAAACUGUGUCUGAAAACACUGGACUUGCACCUUUUUUUUUUUUAAAGCCAGGAUUACCUGGCGUUAGAUGUUUGUAGGGUCCCUGAGCAUGCACAGAAGAACCCAUCUGACUCACAUAUACAAUUUUUUCCUUCUGUAUAUUAUUAGCAAACUUAUUUAACCUUGUUUCUGUCCUUGACUCACAGAAAUUUACUUAAUGUUCGAUGUUAACUACUUUCAACUGACCAGCUGUAUACGUCUAGCGAGCCAGCUUUAGUUUAGUUAAGUUAAUGGAUAAACCAGUUUUAGUACUGUACUCAACAUAUCACAUCCAAUUAGGGCUUAGAUACCUUAGUAUUACAUUAAGUUUUUCAUGUACUGCAAUACGAGACGUACUGUACAGUCAGCUUCAAUGGAUAUCAAGUAUUUUUUUAAAGGGGACCUGUGUUUUUAUCUACACUUUAAAGGUUUUUAGAAGUUAGUUUAGUUUUUUCUUUGAUUGAGACCCACUAAUAUUGGCACUAAUGACGAGGAUAGGACUAACCUUGUCUACCAGUGAAGACGAUGGAAGCACGUGUGUGCUUGUAUAUGAAUAGGAGCUAUAUGCAUCUAAAUGAUGACAUUGAUAACUGUUAUUUGGAAGGCUACUGUAUAUACCAGAUUCUGUAGUUAAAUUGUAUCUUUUCCCCUUUAAUUUUCUACUAAUCUGCCAAAUGCAUGUUUUGUUUUUCUAGCAGUUUCUUAAAGAAAAUCUGUUAAGCUUUACUACUUAUGUACAGCAAGAGUUAAGCAGGUGAAUGUGUGAAAUCACAGAUUGAUCUGCAAUCUGAUGAAACGGUUAAGUAAGGCUGGUGUUUGAGACGCUCAUCUGGGAGCCAUGUUGCUUUUGGGGACGCCCUCUCUCCUCCUUCCUCCUGCCGCAGGAGUGCUUUCUCAUUCUCCAAGGGGUUGCAUCAAAGGGCCAGGUUUUUCACCAAACCGUCACUCAGGCUUUCAUGCAAAACUUCCUCCCCGCGUUAACGCUGGAGAGCUUUUACAUGAACAAACCCGAGUGAAUUUAAAGCGCGGCUUGGUUAGGUGCAACGACAGGCCGUUUCCCAUUAUCUGGAGCUGAGAAACCACUGCUGUUUGUUGAAAAAAAAAAAGACUACCACCUCGUGUCUGGUCUCUGGCACUGCAUAGCACUUUAUGCUGAGGCGUCUCCAAAACCAUCAAAUAAAGCUAGUGAUUUACCAAGAAACUAGAACAGAAUCGCUAUAACAUCAGUCUGACGUACUAACUUCUCCACUUUCACGUUUUAAUUUCACACAUCUCUUUUUCAUUUUAUUUUCUUACAAAAAAACAGUAUCUGCAAAGUCUUUGUGAGAUAAAGGACACUUUGACACAACCACACAGAGUGCAAAAAACAAAUUUGGUUUCUUAACUGGAACCGAGAGUUUGUUUCUGAUCAUGUUCUCAUUCUGGCCUAUGCAUGCUUUCGUGUUGCUAUCAGUGCUUUAGUUUGUUUUUUGGAUGCGUGUUGUUGCUGUGUACAGUCAUCUGAGCUGUGUGGAGCCCUUAAGAUGGAUGAACUGUAAAUAGAGUCUGGUUAAGUGUUGAUAGGGUUGAAGAGAUUGUACUGCUUGCAUCACGACUGCCGCUGAGAAUGUCUAGUUGCGCAACACACACACACACACACACACACACACACACACACACACACACACACAAACAACAGUUGUGACAUAGGCAUGCAUCAACACACACACACACACACACACACACACAAAAGAAAGGAAUCACUUGUUUUUCUUACCUUUUAAAGAUCUUGCAUUGAAUCAACUGGUUUAUACAACUGUAAAUAAAAUAUACUUGCAUUGCCAAGUUUAACCAA